GCCAACAGCCAACAGCCAAGAUGCUGAGUGGCGGUGGUGGCGGAUGAUCUGGUGAAGGCUGCAGGCUGCCAAGUUGAUCAAAGUAUUUAAAAACUAACUGUGCGUGGUGAGUUUGUUCAAUGGUGUCGCAUACGUAGACAUUAACGGACGUGUCAAAGGUCGAGAAGUGCGAGUCAAGUGUGUUUUAUGAAAAUACUACAAAGUGUUUAAUACGAGUAAUAACAAAAUAGAGAAAAAAGGAGUUUGAAAAAAGCGCAAUUGUGAAAAAAUAAAAUAUAAUAAAAAAAUAUGCUGACGAAUAUUGAGAACAACGGCGGUGGCGGUGCAUUAGUGAGCCUCAGCAAGGUGGCACUCACUACACCCUUUUCGAUAAAUGACAUUUUAACGCGCAAUAACAAUAAUUUAAAUGCAGUUGAACAAGAACAAGCACAACAACAACGUAGACGGCAUGUGACCGACUCUGAAAUGGCGUUGAGUGCGGAAGUGGCAGCUGCCGAGUUACGGCAAAAUAAAGCGCGCGAAUUAAAAAACGAUUUAAAAAUGUCCGGGUCUUGCUGCCAUAUCGCGGCAGGUGAAUCCCCUGGUUACAGGCUAACUUCCGGUUUAGAAAAUAACUCGUCGCGUAAUUCGUCCAACAAUCCUAGCCCUAUUUGUGAGAUGCGCACAGCGGUAGCGAAAUUUUCGAGACAAAGUUUAAUGGAACGCAGAGGCGGCGGCGGUGGUGGUGGUGUAUCGGCAGUUGGUAGUAAUAGUAAUGAAAACACUGAUUAUAUGCCCUACUACAUGACGACGUUGGACAACAACAACCACAGUGAUUACCAUUUAGCGCGCAAGUUCGGCUAUAUUGGCGCUGGGAAUUUGGUUGGCAACCGCGAUUGCCCCAUCGACAUGCGACGUUGCAGCAAUAAUGAAUCAGAUUCAGAGUCCUCGCCUCCUCCAAUGUUGUCACUCUAUGGUGGCGCCUCAGCUAAUGCCGCUGCGAGUGCCUGUGGCGGCGGCGGCAGCACAUCACCUUCACUGCACGAAUCUGACACCCUCAACGGGUCAAUGAGCCGUAAGAAGCGUUCACGUGCUGCAUUCAGUCAUGCUCAAGUUUUCGAGUUGGAGCGACGUUUUGCACAGCAACGUUAUCUCAGCGGCCCGGAACGCGCCGAAAUGGCUAAAAACUUGCGCUUGACCGAAACGCAAGUGAAGAUUUGGUUUCAAAAUAGACGCUACAAGACGAAGCGUAAGCAAAUCCAGCAACACGAAGCAGCGCUAAUGAGCGCUGCCACCAAGCGCGUGCCGGUACAGGUGCUUGUGCGUGAGGAUGGAAGUGGUGCUGCAGCUGCAGCAGCGGCCGCCGCCUAUGCACACAUGUUGCCCACGCACGGCAUUGAUCCAGCACUGCUGCACAUUUAUCGUCACCAGCUGCAAAUGGCCUAUGGCGUUGGUGUGUCUUUGCCUCAAGUUUCGUUUCCUUAUUUUUAUCCACAAGCAGCGAAAAUACCCCAACCCAUCCCUCCACCCAGUCAGCCGACGACUGGCCAAGUUGUAGCUGGAAAUUUCAGCGCUCAAAUGGCAGGAAAUCACAACAACAACAAUAAUAACAACAACAUUGAUAUUUCGAAAAAUGCAUUGAACUUUGCUAAAAUGGAACAAGGCAUGCGGUACAUUCAUUGUUCGUCGGCCUCUUCGUCACCCACCCAUGUCAACGCCCACGGCAGUGGAGAUGGCAGCAGUCCGUCGAGAUCGUGUUCCAGUCCGCCGCUCGCAGAUGCUGCUGCUGAAAGCGGCGCUGAUACCCACUCUGCAACGACCGAGGAUUGCGAUGAAAAUGUGGAAAUAGAUUAAGUUCGUAGAAAAAAUAUUUAACCAGAAUGCCGGUGUGUGAGUUGAUUGAGUGACAAAGUGACGCAUAAUUAGCAAAUAAUAUUCUUAAUCAAUACCGAAAUUUGUGAUAGUGAAAGUUUUAAUUAGUUUAGAUGUAUGCAUGAGUGUUCGCUGCUUCCCCUAAUUUUAAUCAGUUGCUUAGUUUAGUGUGCAUUAGACAUAAUUAAAUGUGAAAAUGUAUUAUG